CGCUGGUGUCCCAGUUAGCAAAGAUGGAAUCGACGUGUUGGGGUCACCUGUAGGCAAUCAUGAUUAUGUUCAGUCUAGGUGCCUGGCUGUGGCUAACAUGGGCAGCUCGUUGUGUUCAAAGCUACUUGAACUUGACGACCCUCAGUGUGGCCUCCUUUUGCUCAGACAUUGUCAUGUCCCCAGGCUGAAUUUUUUGGCUAGGACUGUGCCACCUGACAGGUUACUGCAUGCAGCUGUUUGUCAUGACCACCUUACAAGGGCUACUUUCACUGACAUGGUUGGUUUGAACGAAUUGGAUGACACCGGAUGGAGCCAGGCCACUCUGAAGGUCGGGUUCGGCGGAUUUGGCUUAUCAUCAACUCAGAAGAUGGCUCACCUAGCAUUUCUGGCGUCAUGGGCACACUCUUUGAAAGAACUGCCAUUGAGAUUUCCACCUCUGAAAGAUCGUUUAGAACGGUUUAUUGAAGGUAGCAAUACAGGACAACUUAUUCGUACAUUGGUGGCAAAACUACCACCCAAGUCGGGUGCAGAUGAUGACGAGCAGUUUCACACCUUAGAGCAGAUGACAGAAUACCCUAGAAAAUUGCAACAUCGCCUGACGGUAGACGCUUCUCAUAAACGAUCAGAAGAAGUUAUCAAAAGCAUGAACUCAGAGAGACAUGUUGCAAGGAUCAGGUCCUUACACGGAAAAGGAGCUGGAGCAUGGCUAGAGGUAAUACCAACUUCAGACAAGAACGCACUGAAGCCGAAUGAAUUUCGUGUAGCGUCUUGUAUGAGGUUGGGUGCUGGUUUGCCUUUCAGCCGGCUGCUUAAGACGUGUGACUGUGGAACUGAGGUGGAUCGCGAGGGCUAUCACCUUUUGACAUGUAAAUAUGGAGGUGGACCUGUGUGGACGCAUAACUCCAUAGUGUCUGCAUGGAGUGAUUGCCUAAGCGAUUUACUCAUUCCCCAUCAAAUAGAACCGAGACAGCGAUUUGUAGACAACGAAAACCGGCCUGACAUCACGCUUUACGACACUGACACUGGGAUCACAAAAGAAUGUGAUGUUUCGAUAGCUCACCCUUGGAGCAAAGACAUUAUUAAAGGUGCAGCCAGAGAAGGUGGCCAUGCAGCAGCUAAACGAGAGGCAGCAAAGUCAAAAAAAUACUCAGAGGAAUCGCUUGCGGAUGGAUCGAAGCCUAUAGUUGUCCCACUCGUCUUUGAACACUUCGGCAGGUGGGGCUUAAAGGCUGACGAGCUGAUGAAUGAACUGGGGAAGAAGGCGAGAGGCUUUGAUGGAAGAAGAAUUGCGGUAGAGUUUAAAACCUUCUGGAGGAAAAGACUGUCUAUUACUCUUCAAAAAUGCAACAGCAGAGUGAUUUUGCGGAAGCUGUCAAGGCUUUCUGUGCGCUCAUUAGGAGAUGACAGUGUUUUGGGAGUAGAUAGAGACAUUCAGUGUUUUACUCAUUAGCAAUAGUCUCGGACUACAAGUAGAACAUUUCAUUUUAACAAUAACUGUUUGUAGUAGUGAAGAUUGUUGACAAUAAACUUGAUUCUGUCUGUCUGUCUGUC